AUGAAGGCCUCACCCAUGAAGGCCUCACCCAUGAAGGCCUCACCCAUGAAGGCUACCAGCACUUCUCCAGGUUCCUCAUCAAAAGUGAUUCCUCUUGCACACCUGAACCCCUACCAAAGCAAGUGGACUAUCAGAGCCCGAGUAUCCAACAAAUCCAGUAUCCGCACCUGGAGUAACUCCAGAGGCGAGGGCAAGCUCUUCUCCUUUGAGAUAGUGGAUGAGAGUGGAGAAAUCAAGAUCACAGCCUUCAACAACGAAGUGGACAAGUUUUUCUCUCUAGUGGAGCAAGGCAAGGUGUACUUCAUCACCAAGGCUACCCUGAAGGUGGCCAAUAAACAGUACACCACGCUGAAGAACGACUACGAGAUGACCCUCCACGCUCAGUCGUCCAUCGUGCCAUGUGAUGACAGUCAAGACAUCCCCGCUGUGCACUGUGACUUUGUGCCCAUCGCUGAGCUGGAGAACAGAGACAAGGACGCCGUCAUCGAUGUGAUUGGAGUGUGCAAGAGUGCGGAUGAUGUAUCCCGUAUCACCACGAAGAACAGCAGAGAAGUCUCCAAGAGGGCCCUCAACCUAAUAGACACAACUGGCAAAGUGGUUACGGUCACAGUGUGGGGAGAGGAGGCCGAGAAGUUUGACGGCUCUCGGCACCCGGUGGUCGCCAUCAAAGGAGCUCGCUUGUCUGAUUAUGGAGGCAGAUCUCUCUCUGCUUCGUUCAGUUCAACAGUCUUGGUCAACCCAGACUUACCGGAGGCGUUUAGUCUGCGGGCCUGGUACGACCAGGGAGGAUACGCCAUCGACAGCCAAUCCCUGACUGAGACGAGGUCAGUGGGCAGCGGAGCAAGGACGAACUGGAAAACGCUGAGCGACGUCAAGAAUGAAAAGCUGGGACACGGAGAGAAGGCGGACUAUUUCAGCUGUUUGGCGACACUGCUGUACAUUCGUAAGGAGAAUUGUCUGUACCAGGCCUGUCCAUCUGCAGACUGCAACAAGAAGGUCGUCGACCAACAGAACGGACUGUACCGCUGCGAAAAGUGUAACCGAGAGUUCCCCAACUUCAAAUACAGACUCCUACUUUCUGCCAACUUAGCAGACUUCGGGGAUAACCAGUGGGUGACAUGCUUCCAGGAGACAGCUGAGGUCCUGUUAGGUCACAGUGCAGAAACACUGGGACAGCUCAGAGACACAGACGAAACUGCAUUCGAUGAAGUCUUUCAGAGAACCAACUUCACAACUCACAUCUUCAGGAACCGAGUCAAGCUGGAGACGUACAACGAUGAGAGCCGAGUGAAGGUAACCGUCAUGGAAGUCCAGCCACUCGACCACAGGGAAUACAGCAGGAGGCUCCUCGGUAACAUCCGCAAAUUGGCCGGCUGAAUAUAGUCCCGGUCGUCCACGCGGCUGCCUGGUGAUUCUACGGUUCUUCUGCUGGUCUCUGACUGGUGUCCGGCUUUUUCCGACAUGGAGCAUAUCUGACAGAGGCAGCGGGGCGGUCAGUGAUUCAUCUGAUUAAAUGGCAGCCGAACAAAAGACUGAUAUUUAGUUGUUCACUUCAGCGGGCCAUUUGUGAAACACUGGAACAUGAUGGAAAUGACUUUUACCAUUUUAAUUUGUUGACAUUUUAACGAGCUUUCGCUAUUUGAUUACACAGAACUGUGUUUGAGAUCUACACACAUUUUUAUCGUAAUU